CACUUUUGUUUGAAUAUUAAUAAGAAUUUGCUAUUGAUUAAAUUUCAGGCUGUAAACAGGGUGCAAUUUUGAAUCAUGUUUCUGUGGUACAUCAUGGUAGGUGUUUGGGCCCAGUGGGCGAAAAACACCGUAGUGGUUCUCAACCAGGGGGCCGGGGCCCAAUAGGGGCCCUAAGCACACUUCACCAAAAACAUGGCAUAAAUCGAUUGAAAACAUGAUAUAUGUUUUAUACAUACAUAAAACAUAAUCUAUGAUAAGAUAUAAUAAUAUCUAGAUUUUUAGGUAUACAAAAUGUAUACUGAUAUUACAUUUCUUAUUUUAAUUCUACAACAACUUUUGUUUUUAUUGAAGAACUAACAGUUCUUAAAACUUCUGGAAUCACAAAAUUAAUCGUGAUUAAUUAUUACAAUCUUUUGACACUCCUACUUUGUUAACAAAAAGUUUGAAAACAACCAGGUGUCAUCAUUACAUCAAAAUUGCAAGAGUAACUAUCUUAGUCAAAAGAUAGUCAACAGAUAGUCAGGGGGCCUUUGAAUAUUUUUUUCAACAGAGGGGGGCCUUGGAGUCAAAACAGUUGAGAAGCACUGUGGCCUCAACGUUUAGGGUUAAUUCAUGUAAUUAAGUCACAUCAAUAAAAAUAUAUUUUCACUGUGCUGCACUUUACUGAUUGCAAUACAAUAUUCAAAGUUCAUUUUCUACACAAAAUUACUGUUCAUGAUCAAUAUAUAUAUAUAUUGUUAUGUAUUGAGGUCAUGCGAGCUCUGUAUCUUAUUGUUAUUGCCAGUAAUGUAAGGUUAUGUUGUAAUAGACUAUAUAGCAUGUAAUAAGCUUCCCUGUGGAAGGCUUCCAUACAUCAUGGGGUACAUGAUUAAACAUGUGUUUAUAAGGAAAGUGUAAUGUUCAUAUAAUACUUCAUUAGUACCAUGUAGUCCUACAUCAGAUUUGUAAGUAAAAGUUAACUGUAUUAACUAAAAUGUUUAAGUUAAAUUUACUCACUUUAAUCAAUAUUAUACCAUUAAAAUGUACUUUUUUCAGUGUAUGUAAAGCACUUUGAUUGAUCGUUGUGUUUGAAAUGUGCAAUGUAAAUAAACUUGUCUUCCCACAAGUAGCCUAAAUUUCUGGAUCUUCUAGAUGAAGGAUGGCACUUAAUAAUUAAUUUGCUUUAUAAAGUGACAUUUUUAUGGAACUUUGUGGCAUUUUUUAAAUUUUGUAUCCCCUUUUCUCCCAAUUUGGAAUGCCCAAUUCCCACUACUUAGUAGGUCCUCGUGGUGGUGCAGUUACUCACCUCAAUCCGGGUGGCGGAGGACAAGUCUCAGUUGCCUCCGCUUCUGAGACAGUCAAUCCGCGCAUCUUAUCACGUGGCUCGCUGUACAUGACACUGCAGAGACUCACAGCACGUGGAGGCUCAUGCUACUCUCCGUGAUCCACGCACAACUUACCACACGCCCCAUUGAGAGCGAGAACCACUAAUCACGACCACGAGGAGGUUACCCCAUGUGACUCUACCCUCCCUUGCAACCGGGCCAAUUUGGUUGCUUAGGAGACCUGGCUGGAGUUACUCAACACACCCUGGAUCCGAACUCGCAACUCCAGGGUUGGUAGUCAGCGUGUGUAAUUUUUAUUAUUAUUAUUAUGUAGUCCCAGGGGUUAAAUUGGGCCGGUAUGGUCCGGAACGGCGUUCUGGCACCUUCGAUUCCCAAAAAAAAAAAAAAAAUCUUGUUUGUCAAUCCAUCCCAUUUAUUGUAUUCUCUGUUGCCAUUUUUGUUUGAUCCAUUUGACACAUCCCAUCUCUAUUUAGCAAGUGUACUUGUUAAAAAAAUAUUUCAAGUUAAUUAUGCUUUACUCUAAUCAGUUGCCGGCUUAUAGAGGCAACAUAUGAGAGCAGCAUGCGCCUCCGCAUAUCGACGCGCGUUCCGCUUCUGUACUGCACCGUGGUCCGAUCUCUGUUUCAAGGCAUCAACUGCUCACCCAUUUCUUCUUAGACACACUCAUAUGCAGUAACGGUUUGCUUAGUUGUUAAAAAUUCAUAUACACCAAGGGGUUUUGAAUCCGAAAUCACUCACAUCCAAAGCAACAAUAACAUUGAUCAAUAUUUCAUACAACUUGAGAUCAAAAGACCACUCGACCAACACAAUGUAAAAUAUUUCACUGUUAUUAGGGGUUCAAGCCCGAAGGGCUGAAACCCUAUUGUAUUUGUAAGGAUUUUUAUUAUUAUUAUUAUUUUAUUAUUAUUAUUAUCGUGCAGACCAAACCGUAAGUCAUAGAGAGCUGAAACUUUGAGGGAAGGUAGUCUCCCAGAGUACUACAGUGUAUCAAAGUUUCGGCCCCAUCGGCCUCAAGGUGGCGCUAUAGUGAUCAUGUUUAAAUUUUGGACCAUAACUCCUAAACCGUCUUACAUCAAUGGAUUCCUUGGCUCAAGAUGAACAAAAUGUAUAGCUCCGAUUUAAGUUCCGUCAUGAAAAUUGUUGCGCUAAUUUGCAUAAUUCGAAAAACCUUUUUCGAACUCCUCCUAGGCCGUAUGUCCGAUUCGCACGAGAAUUGGGGUGUGUCUACUAUGAAACCUCCUGACAAAAAGUUAUCAAAGGAAUUUUGAUUUGUCGAUGCGUUGCGAAGAUAUAAGCCAAUAAAUUGGUCAGGCAAUGUCCGUUUUGUACGUAUUGACCAAUAUCUACCAAACGAAAAGGCCAAAUGUUACGAAACUUGACACACAUAUACAACAGCACAUUUUGAGUCUGCAUGCAAAAUCGUGAAAAAAUUUGCCUAUAGAAGGUGCUACAACUAUAAAAUGCUCAUAACUCCGCAACUGUAUUAUCAAUGAAGUUGAAAAUAAGUAUGCUUCUUGUAGGGGCCAAAUGCUAACAUAUUCUACAAUAUGACUCAGACAAAUAAAAAAAAAAACAUGGCCGCCAGCAGCCAAUCAAACUUCAGCAAAAUGGCUGUAUAAAUGGUGUGUAAAUUAUUGUAUAUUAUCCAAUGUUACCUGUUAUUGUGAACUACAUCUAGGACUCCCUAGGUCAAUAAUUAUCAAAGAAAAGUUGAACUUUAGUUAUUUAUUUAGUUAUUUUGGUGUAGCAUUUAUCAUGUGGGAUUGACCAAGUGUAUCCAAAAGCCUAUAAUUCCUUAAAUAAAUAUUCAAAUUUCUAAAACCUUUUUGGAGAUUGGGUGCUUUGUGCCUUUAUAACAGUUAAAAAGUAAGAAAAAAACAAUUAUCCUGUUUCAGGAUCACUGAACACAAGACAUCAGAGUCAUAUUUAACACCAGUUUGCAAAUUCAGCAACUUACAAAGUACAUAUACAAAUACAUAUCUUUUUUGCAUACUUUGAAAGUUCUUAAAAGGCUUGAACCCCGACAGUUGCUGCUUGCAAUUAUAUUUUGUAUUAUAUUUAUGUUUUCUCCAUUUAUGUUGAUUCAGCAUUUAUUUAUUUUGUGUGUGUUUUUUAUAAACUCUUUUAUAAUUUAACGCAAAUGUUUUCAUUACAAUAUGAGUAAAAGGUACACUGGUGGCCAAAAGUUUGUAAUAAUGUACAGAUUUUGCUGUUUCGGAAGGAAAUUGUACUUUAAUUCACCAAAGUGGCAUUCAACUGAUCACAAAUUAUAGUCAGGACAUUACAGAUGUAAAAAACAGCACCAUCACUAUUUGAAAAAAGUCAUAUUUUAUCAAAUCUAGACAGGCCCCAUUUCCAGCAGCCAUCACUCCAACACCUUAUCCUUGAGCAAUCAUGCUAAAUUCCUAAUUUGGUACUAGAAAAUCACUUGCCAUUAUAUCAAACACAGUUGAAAGCUAUUUGGUUCGUUAAAUGAAGCUAAACAUUGUAUUUGUUUUUGUUUUUGAGUUGCCACAGUAUGCAAUAGACUGGCAUGCCUUAAGGUCAAUUUUAGGUCAAAAAAGGCAAAAAAAGAAACAGCUUUCUCUAGAAACUAAUCAGUCAAUCAUUGUUUUAAGGAAUGAAGGCUAUACAAUGCUUGAAAUUGCCAAAAAACUGAAGAUUUCAUACAAAGGUGUACACUACAGUCUUCAAAGACAAAGGACAACUGGAUCUAACAAGGACAGAAAGAGAUGUGGAAGGUCAGAUUUAAAACUUAACAAGAGGAUAAGUACAUCAGAGUCUCUAGUUUGAGAAAUAGACGCCUCACAUGUCAUCAGCUGACAGCUUCAUUGAAUUCUACCCGCUCAACACCAGUUUCAUGUACAACAGUUAAGAGAAGACUCAGGGGUGCAGGCCUUAUGGGAAGAAUUGCAAAGAAAAAGCCACUUUUGAAACAGAAAAACAAAAAGAAAAGGUUAGAGUGGGCAAAGAAACACAGACAUUGGACAACAGAUAAUUGGAAAAGAGUGUUAUGGAUCUUAACCUCAUUGAGCAUUUGUGGGAUCAGCUAGACUGUAAGGUGCGUGAGAAGUGCCCGACAAGACAGCCACAUCUAUGGCAAGUGCUACAGGAAGCGUGGGGUGAAAUGUCACCUGAGAAUCUGGACAAACUGACAGCUAGAAUGCCAAGGAUCUGCAAAGCCAACCCGAUCUCAUGAAAAGUCGUACAUAAUUUACGAGGUGGCUAUUUCGUGUGAUGUCGCACGAUUUUGUUCACAUGAACACGUACGAUUUGAUCACGUGCAAAUUCCCAGAUGUCUAAUGCAGAAAGUAUGCGCGAGUUUCACGCAGGAGGCAUUAAGGACAUGCUUAUUAAUAUUAUGGCUUUACCCAAACCCUUUAUCUAAACUUAACCAUUCAGUAGAGUGUGUAAACAUGAUAGGAAGCUGUUGUGUGUGACAGAAGCAAGUAAUUGUCGCGUAUUAGAUGUAAACGACGUCCAGCGACGACACUGGCUGUAGUGAAAGUCGUGGGAAUUAAAACGAGUGCAAUCGCAGGACACGUACGUAUUAGCCAAAUUUAGAAAAGUCAUUUGAAUCCUGAUGAUUUCGCCGUGAGAGUGUGUUGGCAAAGGUGUCAUUGCUGCACAUGGAGGAUUUUUUUAUGAGAACUCUUUGAAGUAGUUUUUUUUUUUCAAAUUGUGAUAGUAAUAUUUCACGUCAUUAAUGUCCCGACUCUACAUUGUGAUCAGUUGAAUGCCACUUUGGUGAAUAAAAGCACCAAUUUCUUUCCAUAAGAGCAAAAUCUGUACAUUAUUCCAAACUUUUGGCCGCCAGUGUAUUUGUGUAGUAGAAGGUGUUUAUUAGUUAAGAACAAUGUGCAUUUACUUUUAAAUUGUAACAUAAUUAGAUUUAAGUUUAGCAUGUUCUAUAACAGGGGUGGGCAAAUAUUUUGGUAAAGGGGUCACAUCAGGCUUUAAGUAGUGCAUAGGGGACCACAUUGUAUUCCUUUUGAGAUACAAUGUUCUGCAUUGAUUUGGUUUUUGUAGUCUUUUAAGCUCAGAAAUAGUUGUGUACUCAAUUUUCUGAAGUGUAUAUGUGACUUAUUGGUCUAUUCUGCAAUUGCCUAAAGUAUUGUAUUUCUCUACAAAGGUAGAUACUUUUCUAAAACUGAAUAAAGGCUAAACUUAUUAUAAAUUAUUUACUUUACCAUCUCUACUUCCCUGUUCAUUUAUUAUUCAAUUUUACUUUCUUUUAAUUUUUUGUCGUGAAGCGGUGAGUUUACUUAUUUUAUUCUCAAAACAUUACCCGUUUACAUGCUAAAAGGUCAUGAUGGGGUUCUCGUCAAUGGUUUGACUUUCCAUUCAACACACAACUGAAUAAAACAGGCUGCAUGACUAUAAAUGAUUACUGCAAGAGUUAGAUUAACAUACAGGUGCGAGGGACUUCAACAUCUCUAAACUGAAUAAUACAUCAAAUUAAUUAUACCAUACAGGCAUAGGCUAUUAAUAAAUCCAUAUUUAUAUACCCAUGUAUUUUAUUAAAACACUUUCUUAUUUAUUUAUGUAUUUAUUUAUUGAAUGAGGGGUUGCGACAUCGUCCGACUUUAGGGUUCCCCCCACCUCCGAAAUCCCAAUUUAACCUCUGUGUAGUCCUAAACGUCUUAUCAAAGCAAUAAUGCACGAGAGGCCAUCCUAUAUUGUGAAUAUAGUCAGUAACACGGCUAAAGAUCGUUUGUAGGCCUUCUAUUUAAGAGUGAGAAGCCUUCCUUAAUUUUGUAAUUAAUUAAAUGUAAUCCUGUCUGAUCGUGGCCAAUGGGCGAGCUGCUAAUGUACCCCCCUCACCACACCAGCCCCACCGUCACAGCCAAUAAGAGAUUAGAAAAAGGUUGUUGUUUUUUUCCCCUUGUAGUCCACAGAUAGGAGGCGUCAUAUGACUGUCCCUUUACAUAAUGUGACUAGGUUAUGUAGUGACUCCGAACAGCAUAGGAGAUAAGCUGCUAAACAUUUUUUAACACAGCCGGCCAUGGUCUGAAAAAAACUGUGUAUUAUUGAAAUGGUACAUGAGCUCAAAAGGAACAAUUCAUCACCGAAGGCCAAAAGCGGCCUACAGCAGCACCGAUGAUCACCUUUAAUACAUCAGUGCACAUACUGUUAUUCUUAGUAAUGUAGGCUAAUAAAAUGUAAAUAAACGUUUUUAAAGACAACCAACUUCAAUCUGAAGAGGAGACGGUUAGGACAGAUAGCUGACUGAAUGACAGCUGAUGCCAAAACAGGAGCAAAAUGGAUAAAAAAAAAUAAUUACAGACAACGUGAGAGCACAUUUAUAUUUAUUAUGAUAUAUGUUAUAUAACAUCAGUAAGCGUAAAACCCCCAUUUUCAGAAAUACCAUAAUAUUUGACUAUACACAAUAUCUAAUAAAAAAAAUUAUAAAUAAACAUCUUUAAUUUUAGGCUAAUAUGAACCAGAAUAUAACUAAACGAUAACUCCACGGUGGCAUGGUGAUAAAUAUCGCCUUGGUCUUGAUCUGGUUUUAAAUCUCGUUUUUUUUUUUUUAUGUCACGUGGAAUGUUAAAAUGCCUUUAAAAGGAUCAUUUAGCACACACUCCUGGCAUAAAAAUCCUGUGGAUGUUAGCUUUAAGACUGGCAGCUCUACUUCUCAAGAUAUAAAUAAAAGCUAACACGGCCUGGAAAAAAAUACGAGUCGACAAAGAGUGAAAUUGAAUGUGAAAAUUUGACGAGGAUAGACUCCAGCUGUCCAGAGAACAAAUGAAGCUCGCGGGGGAAAUGUGCUUUCAAGCGUCUGCAUAUCCAGUAGCCUUAUAUAUAUAUAUAUAUACACACACACACACACACACACACACACACACACACAGAAGACAAACUGGCGUCGACUGUGGUUCCAAGCAGUAGACUAGAAACAGCUUGCGUUCUCGGGAUCCAAAGAUAAAGAGGAUUUUCCUAAUUAAAUGCAUGAGUGCCACGAAAUGGCCUCAUGACCCGUUUGAGCCUGGGCGGCAGGAAACGAAGUGGGCAACAAGGCGUUGUUCCAUUUUCUGGCAUAUUUCUGACACCAAGGCUACUCUUGACUAUGGCAAAAGACAAAAAUGAACAAACAACCACGAAAAUAAUAAUAAUAAUAAUAAUAAUAAUAAUAAAAUAGUUGGUGUUCCUUAAUGAAAACUGCGCAACAUCAUUUAGGCUGAUAAAUUAGACCUGAAGUCGCCCCAAGAACAUAUACAUACAGAGAGAGAGAGAGAGAGAGAGAGAGAGAGAGAGAGAGAGAGAGAGAGAGAGAGAGAGAAUAAAGGGGGAAAAAAACAGAGAGACAGAGGCAAUGACCAAAUUCCAAUUAUGAGAUGUUUGGGUCAUAGAUAUGUACAAUACGCGUUUAGACCUUUGGACUAACCAAAAUAUGCAAAAUCACAUUGCCAUAAAACGGUGGAAAAACACGACAAUUUGCAUACCACAUACCGGUAUGUGUUGCAACAGUGUGAUAAAUUCACCAGAAGACCAGAGCAACCCUAGCGCCCCCCAAAAACCCAAGUGUUCCUUAGUGCGCAAUCCUGUGUGCUUCACGUCAAAUGAUCCACUGAAUGGCUGACGAAUAAACUGCACCGAAUGUUCUUGAAAGGGGAAUGAGAGAGAGAGCACAACAGAGGACUGGAUAUUCCCUUUGUGCUUGCUGAUUGAAAUGCCACACAGUGUUUGAGAUUCUUUCUCCGACCUUAAAUGGUUAGGUGGGGUGCAGCCGGACCCGUGGCACGCGUCCAAACGCUCAGAUUACCGCUGUGCGGGUUGUUGUUGUUUUUUAGUGCACAGGGUUUCCAUGGCUUUGCGCAGCAGCGUCGAGAGCGGCUUUUACGCAGAUGAUAUCUCUGCUCAGAUGAGCGAGUUUUAUGCAAUAUCCUGGCUUCACAAGCAUAAAGCCCCUUCUGAGCACAUCUUGAGAUUGUGUUUGCUUGAGAACGCCAUGUUUGCGUGUCGAAAGCUGAAUCAUUUGUAACAGCGUCCCGACAGCCUCGCCCAUAUAUGGCGCGGCAACCUUCCUUCCCCCCUCUGAUGUCCUUUGUGUGGAGAAGCCAUUUCGAAAAUGAGAACAGCAGAGAAGCCGUUCCACUACAGGCUAUUUCAAAGGUCGCUUUGGACAUGGGUCAGCAAAAAGAGGCGUUGCAACCCAACCCCCUCUUUAAAGCAGUGUUAAAGGAUCCGAAGAUGGGAAUGAAAACGUUCCUGUUUCUUCAGCGUAUAGGCCUGAUAAAAAUAUUUCAUCAAAAUGUUAAGUUUUGGCGAACGGAAUGGACAACAGCCAUCCUAUUUGCAGUUCGGGAGAGAAACGAAGUCAUCACUGGAGAAGUUACAAGUUGAUUAUUGACCCAGCGUUGAAAAAAGGAUCGCACAAACUGUAUCGCUACGAUGGACUGCACUUCAGCAUGCCGAACCCUGGAAUGCCACCGGUGGAUAUUGUUAGAGACCCGAGAAUCGGUCGUCUCUGGACAAAGUAUAAGGAGACGGAUCUCCCCGUUCCUAAGUUUAAGAUCGACGAAUGUUAUGUCGGUCGCGUGCCCCCGAAAGAAAUCACGUUCGCGAGACUGAAUGACAACGUCAGAGAGGGAUUCCUCACAGACAUGUGCAAGAAAUUCGGGGAUAUCGAGGAGGUGGAAAUUUUAUACAACCCGAAGAAUAAAAAACACCUCGGAAUAGCUAAAGUCGUGUUCGAAAACGUGAAGUCGGCGAAAGAUGCUGUCCAGAAUCUGAACAACACGUCUGUCAUGGGCAACAUCAUCCACGUGGAGCUGGACCCUAAAGGUGAAAAUCGCCAGAGGUACUUCCAGCGUUUGAUCAAUGGAAGUUAUACUCCACUCACGCUUCCAGUUGGUGGUGAAGAGGCUUGUGAAGUUUCUCCCCGUAGCUUGGCUGAAGCCAUGCUGGCAUGCAAGCCCCUGCGAAGGCUGUCUGAAGGCAGUUCUUCUGCAGUCACGGGCACUGCCACACCAGGUGGCACCAGCACGCCCAUUUCUCUGGAUACGGCCUAUUCCAGUCUAAGGCAGGAUACGCCCCAGUCCCAGGGUACCCCGCACACACCACGUCAGUCGGGCACCCCGUUCUCUCAGGACUCCAGCUACUCUAGCCGGCAGGGCACUCCGGCGUUCCAGUCUAACCGUGUGGAAGCCUCGGGAGGGUACAAGGCAAGGAGGCACGAAACCAAAUUCCACGAUGCCUACAACCGUAGGCCAGAACGGCAUUAUGUCCAUGGCACAGGAGGGGCACAUCGCGGCAACGCAGAGCAGCUGCCCAGUUUUAAGCAACAUCAGCCACCUGAACCGCCAUCCCCUGCAUUUGCACACACGCCGCCACCACCAGCCACUGCAAAUUUCAAGACCGCUUUCUCCCCCUAUCAGCCCCCAAUGCACCCUGUGUACCCUCACACGGAAUCCCCAUUUCACCAGCCCGUUCAGCGGGAAGUGGAUUACAGGAGACCCUCUCAAGCCCCUCUUCCCCCAGUCACCGAUUUUACGUCUGGUAGAGACAGACCUGCAACGCCGCCAAUGCCUGAGCAGCCCCCUGCGCCUGAAACCCAUCCAGCCACACCUCCGCCCUCCACGCCCAGGCCCUCCCCUUCGCUAGGCACCCCCACCCAGGAGUCAGAGCGCAACAGCCUGGACUCCCGCAUAGAAAUGCUCCUUAAGCCAUUCCUGAACGAGCGAGGAGACUCGGACACUGAGGUGCGCAUGGACGGGAGCCCAAUCUCCUCGUCCUCCUCACAGCUAUCGCCUAUCCCGCCCCAUCGGCCUUCGCGGCCUUCAAGCACUGGCCUAGAGGACAUCAGCCCUACUCCACUGCCCGAUUCGGAUGAUGACGAACCUAUCCGAGGUACUGCUUCCCUGCUGACGAACUCUAGGGUGAUGUCGCCCACCAACAUUAAGAGCGGUACAGGAUGCCCACGGACACCCACGGACAAAAUGGACAUGGGCAAUCAGUCCUCCGGUGAAGACAUGGAGAUAUCUGACGAUGAGAUGCCUGGCACACCCAUUGCCAGCGGGGAUUGUGCCAAAAGCAUUGUGGUCAACUCUGCCCUGUCGCCAAUCCAGACCAUUCCCAUGCCCCCACCAGGGUUCCCCCCUCUGCCCCCUCCACAGGCUGGCUUCCUGCCACCUCCUCCUCUUCCACCCCACUCAACCGUUCCACACCUGGCUGCCCCUCAUGCAUUGCUACACCCAUUGCACACUUUUCCCCCUGGCAUGAUGCCCAUAAUGCAGGUGGACUUAAUGAGCUCCUUACCACAGUGGGGAAGCGUUCAUAUGUCCUUCCAAAUGCAGACUCAGAUGUUAAGUCGUAUUGCACAGAGCCAGCGACUGUAUCCUUACCCCCACUUCAUGAGUGGGGCCACAGCAGGGGCUGCUGCUAGUGCCAUGCAGUUUGGGGGCCCGUACGCACCUCUAUCUAUGGUUGGUACCCCUGCUGGUGUGGGCCAUGGGCAAACCUGGCCUCUGCCCACUGUACCCAAGUUCAAUCCUUCUGUCCCACCGCCGGGUUAUGAGCACCAGAAGGAAGACCCACACAAAGCCACUGUGGAUGGAGUGCUUAUGGUUAUUGUCAAAGAGCUCAAGGCCAUAAUGAAAAGAGAUCUCAACCGUAAGAUGGUGGAGGUGGUGGCCUUCAGGGCGUUUGAUGAGUGGUGGGACAAACAGGAGCGUUCUGCAAAGGCUACACUUACACCUGUGAAGACAGGUGAGAGUAAGGAUGAGGAGAAAGAACGGGCCAAGCCCAAAGAGACUAUAUCCUCUAGCUUGCUAGAGAACUGGAACAAGGUUGAGGGUAUGGGCUUUGAGAGUAUGGGGCUUGGCAUCGGCCUGCGUGGUGCCAUCAGGCUACCGUCCUUCAAGGUAAAGAGGAAACAGCCCCCUGAACCAACAUCAACCAAUGACAACAAGAGAGUGAGACCAUCCACACCUGUCGAUGAUGAGCUGGAGGAUGAAGAAUCAGAAAGAACAGAACUUCGCCCGGAUGGAUCCAGAGCGGAUGGCGGUGGUUCUGCUGCCAAGCGAAGGCCAGCCAGGCCUUUGGAGCUGGACAGUGAGGGUGAGGAGGAGGAGGAAACCUCUGGUAAAGAGGAGUCAUCACUGUCCGAUCAUGAAGAGGAGCCAGAUGAAGAUGCUUCUGAGAGGUUGUCCUCUGGCAAGGAUAUCGUGAAAGAGGAAGAUGACGACAAAAAGAGUGAAUUAGACUCUAGUGAGAGUGAAUCAUCAGACUCUUCAGAUGACGAAGCCUCUAGUUCGUCAUCCUCCAAAUCUGGUUCAGAUUCCUCUGGGAGCGAGAGCUCGUCUGACUAUGAAUCAAGUUCAGAGGAGGAGGAGGAAGAAGAGGAAGAAGAGGAAAGAGUAUUAGGAAUGGAGGAUGAAGAUGAAGUGCGAACCUCAUCGUCAUCCUCAUCUUCCUCAUCCUCAUCGUCUAAUGAAGAGGAGGAUGUUGAUGUAAAAGCCCCCGGUACUCCCAUAGGACCACCCCCAGAGGAGGAGUCAACAGAGGGGUUAGAAGAGGCUGAGAUUGGUGGUACAGUGAGCUCAGUCAAACCUGGUUUUGAAAUCAUUCAAACUCCAUCACCCAAAGGAGUGCCAGUUGAGGAUCCCGACAUUGACUUGGAGGUCAGUGUUUCAGUGCCCAAAGCUGAAACAAAUCUUGAUGAUGUUGGUAGCCUGCGGCCACCCACGCCAACAGGUUCGUUUGGAGACGGUGAUCAGGACAACCGACCAAAGAUCCCCGUAGAGGAGGAAUUCCCCCAUACCACAGGUUGUGAUGGCUCAGUUCCCUUAGAAUCAGAGGCCUCAAUCCCACUGUCUCUUCCUGCUUCUUCCAUGCACCUGCCGUUUCCCCCCAAUAAUGUCCUUGAAGCACGUUCCCUUCUUCCACCACCGGAGGCUUUGCCUGAAUUGCCUGUCCGUGGGCGAUUGCCUACGGAAGAGGACAUCCCAAGAACGCCAGGCAGAGACCUUAUGGACAAGCCUCGAGGUAUGGGCAAGUCGCAAAGCACUGAUACAGUUCCUGUCACACCAGGCAGCGACACUCCGCUAACAGGUAACAGCUUGAGCUCCCCUCACAUUCCCAGCAGCCCUUUCUCUUACCCCGCCCAAUCCCCUAUCCUCAGUGCUGGGAUCCCUCGAACUCCAGGUAGAGACUUUACUUUCACUCCAGCUUUCCCUGAAUCUGCUGCUUUAGCUGCAGGCCUUCCCAUUCACAGGAAGGCCUCCUCUGAGAGCUUGGAGGAGAAGUCUCUCUUUAAAGAGCCUCUGCUCAGUGCUUCUCCUCAUGCCAGCCUACCUAACAAUGCAGCUUCCUCUCCUUUCCCUGGCCCUCCCCUUCCUGUUGCUUCACUUCAGGAGGCAACUUUGCCUCCCCAAGGCUCCUCCCCAUCUUCUGUAGAAAUGUACUCCACCCCUGCUCAAAAAGACAUACCUGUUCCAACGAUAGAUGUUCCUGUGCCCUUAGAUGCUACUCCACCCAAGAGGAAACCAGGACGACCCAAGUCUAAAAAGGGGCCUAUGGUCGGUCCUGAAGAUGCCCAAGAGCCUCCAGCUCAAAUGGUGGCCUCUUUGCCUCCAGACCUACCAGUAAACCAUUUGUACCCAGAGCUUCCUUCAGAGAAGCUCAAAGAAGCAGACAGCGACUCCACAGCCAUGGCCUUUGAGGAAGAAGAAGACCGAACUCAGACAGUCCUACCUCAUGAGGUGGAGGACAGGCUUUUCUAUGUGGAGGAACCUAUUCAGAAGACACGUCGACAGAGGAGAGGGUGGCAAGAGUUGUUGUUGUCCAUGCAUUCCCCUGUGACAACACCACCCCAUCCCAGUUUCCUACCCCGCUCAGAAUUCAAGGAGAUGACCAUCUUGUAUGACAUCUGGAACAACGGUAUCGAUGAGGAGGACAUCCUCUACCUUAAGGUCACUUACGACAAGAUGCUUCAGCAGGACAAUGGCAAUGACUGGCUCAACGACACUCUCUGGGUCAACCAUCCUCCCACCAAUGUGGUCAGCGUGUCAGGGGUGAAGCGAAAGCGGAGAGAAGAUGGCAUAUGGGAUCAUGUCACUGGCUGCGCCCGUAGUGAGGGCUACUACAAAAUCGACAAGAAAGACAAAAUGAAAUAUCUGAACAGCUCACGCCUACAGUCAGAAGAGCCUGAUGUGGACACUCAGGGGAAGAGUAUUCCAGCACAGCCCCAAGCAUCCUCUAGGGCAGGGUCGGAGCGGCGAUCUGAACAGCGUCGCUUGCUCUCAUCCUUCAGUUGCGAUAGCGACCUCCUCAAGUUUAACCAGCUUAAGUUCCGUAAAAAGAAGAUCCGGUUCUGCAGAAGUCACAUUCAUGAUUGGGGAUUGUUUGCCAUGGAACCUAUUGCUGCUGAUGAGAUGGUUAUUGAAUAUGUUGGCCAGAAUAUCCGACAGGUUAUUGCAGACAUGCGAGAGAAGCGAUAUGAGGAAGAGGGCAUCGGCAGUAGCUACAUGUUCCGUGUGGAUCACGAUACCAUUAUAGACGCAACCAAAUGUGGCAACUUCGCCCGCUUCAUCAAUCACAGUUGCAAUCCAAACUGUUAUGCCAAAGUCAUCACUGUGGAGUCACAGAAAAAGAUCGUCAUCUACUCCCGGCAGCCAAUAAAUGUUAACGAGGAGAUCACAUAUGAUUACAAGUUCCCCAUCGAGGACGAGAAGAUACCUUGCCUCUGUGGUGCAGAGAACUGCAGGGGAACAUUAAAUUAACCCCAGCUGGAUAGGUGAGAACUAACUUAACAUGCACUGCCCCGAAAGCCCAGACGCCAGUCUUCUGUAAACACCAUGCCAUAACCGCAGGGAGCUACAGAGGAAUCAGUGGGUGGAAUUCAACACAUCCACUAAAUUUAUAUUGUGCAGCUAAGUGUCUGGGACUUCUUUUUGUACUUUUUCAUGAUUGUUUACAAUUUACAGGUGCUCUUUCAAAAAUGAGUUUUCUACCACUCUUCCAUUGACCUCUGUAUGUACGAAAAUACCAUAUUUAUCCCCAAAUGUUUGGGCACUAGGUUUGCUGUCGGCCCGUUUGGCACACUUUGUCACGUGGAGCUCAAGGUCUGUGUCAGUCUCCUUUUCCUCUGCGGUUCGGGUAUGGAGAGACCUCCCCGUCCCUGAACUCUAACCCUGAACACUUUAAGCUGCUUGUAUCUGUCCAACACGCACAAAAUUCACAGUUUUAAAUAUUUUUUAAUAGCUUCUCUGUCCAUUAUCCCCCUCAUUCUGUGUGAAACAAGCUUACUUAGAUAUUCACAACUUUAUGCAAAAAUUCUGCUACCAGGAAAGAUUUUACUAAGUUUAGCAUUCUUUGUGACACUAAUCGAUGUUGGGGGAUUUGGGUUGAUUGUCUUCAGUUUGCAGAACAUUCAACAGCUUAACAAAAGCACACCUGCGCCGGCCACAAAACAAAUGAGUAGACAAGGUCCAAAGCUCAGUCAAAUUUACACAAAGUGAAACGCUCCCUCCGCAAUUCUUGAUCCAGAGCUGUGUGACAUCUACCGACUCGAUCUUUUCUGAGGAUCAAAAGCAAACCAAACAAUACACUACAGACUACACUUACUCUCUCAUUUAAUACAUUGUGACAUUUUUACCAAAAGUGUUAUGCAAAUUUGAGUGUGUGCACUGCCCCCUAUCGUCUUCAAGCUGCAAAGACCGAAAGCUGCUUAAAUUCAGAUUCCACUUUGCUAACAAUCAAGAGGUACAGCGUAUUAAUAAUUCUGCAUCAUCUUAUGUGUCAGCUUACUUUUUCAAGUCAAGACUUUGGUUUUUACUUUUGUAGGUGCAAUUGGCUUCAUAUACAUUGGUUCACUGGUGCUGAAUUUUCUAUAAUGGGGGAAUUCUUGCCAGUGUCGACAAUACAGUGCUGCUAUUAUGCGGUACUGCAAACUUCUGUUGCAUUUUCACGAGAGCUCUUUCUCUACCAGUUCUUUUUAAUACAGAUGGCAAAUUCCACCUGCACUGGUUUCAGGUCAGUUAGUGGGUGAAUCUCAUGAAAACACAUCUAAGUCAUAUCCCAACCCCCCCCCCCCCACCACCAGUUCUCUUUACUGUAAAGUGUCUGGAGAUUUUACUUUGAAGUUUUCUAGUAAUUAUUCACAAUGAUAACUCUCAUUAGAUUCUCUAUACUGUAAUACAGUAUAUUUUACUGCAUGCAGUUAACAGAUUUUUUAAAUAUCAUAAAUUAAAGGCAGUACAACAAACUAACAAUGUAUAAAUUCAUUAAUAUAUCAUAAUUUUUUCAUAAUACAGUAAUGUGAAUGUGUGAAAGUGUACUUUAAUUGUCAUGAAAAUAUUGUCAUUAUAGGAAAAAAUCUUAAUGGCCCUAAAAAAAAAAAAAAAAAAGUAAUUUCUUAUUUAUUUGUUUUUUAUUACUUUAGGGUGAAAUAUUACCUGGACAUGUUCCAUGAGAUUCACCCUGGUGUAUGACUCUGGUUCUCAUAGUAUUAAGUGUUCUCUAUGUGUGCAUUGACUUAAAUUCAUUCAUAAUAUCACACUUUAAAUGCUGACGCUUUACUGAAAAUCUAGGUAAAUGCAUCUUCAUACAUAACCAGUGUUUAGAAUAAUCAAGGCCCCUGGAGUAUUAGGUCCAUCAGUGCUUUAAAAGCUGCUCUGGUUGAAGUCAACCUGAAAUCGUCUGGUGUAGACCCUGAAGAUCAAUGAGUCAAAUACAGUGCCAAAUAUGUACUUGGGGACCUUGAAGUGUCACAGCAUCAAAGGCAAACCUUUCUCAACUUGUUUCCACACAGGUCUGUGUCCGUAGAUGGUAUCUAGAAAUCUUCAGUUCAUUGAUACUUUGGGUGAUCUGUUGAGUUCCAUAAGCAUUUUGCUCCGUAUUUAACCAUCAAAAUGUGUUUAAAGAGCUGUUACAGCCAGAUUUCUCCUCCAGAAAGAGGACUUUUGCAAGGCAGCAUCUGGUCACUUUGCUAUUCUUGUUUGACUUGGUUAUGUUUAUAAAUGCACUAGAAGCUUCCACCCCCAUCAAACCAACCGGCACUCACUCAUAAGACCAAGCUAUAAACCUUCUAAGAGGAUAGCUAACGUCCUUUACAUUAAACCCAACCCCCCCCCCCCCCCGUUGGUUUUCUUUCUUUUAAAUAUGUUUAUAUUGUACAGGAUAUGAUUGUUUGUAUAAAGAAAUUAGGCUUUUUUAUCUUGAUGGGAAGUGAUGCAUCGUUCUGCUUUUACAAGCGACAAAUUGAGUAUUUAAAAUGACUUUUUCAGGGAUCAUUCUACGAAAAAAGGGGUUGAAUAGCUAAUUUAAAGAAAAUGAUGCAUCUUGUACAUAAAACAGAUUUGUACUUCCUUUUGAAAGAUUGUUUCUUGUAGAAACGUCUUUUUUCUGCCCAUUUUCCUUUGUGUAAAUACUUAAACUGUGAAUAUAUAAAUAUAAAUAUAUAUAUUUUUUGUUCCUGAGGAUUUUCUACAGCAUCAUGGCUCGGAAGGUCUAUUUGACAGUGAGUACAGAGAGCUGGUGGCAGUAUUUUCAGCUUGUGUCAAGCUUUAUUUUUUAUUUUUGGUUGUAAAUUCUAUGAAAAUCUGUUUGCAGUGUGGGGGAAAAGCAUUAUCAUUCAGAAAUGGCAAGGAACAUAUGUGAAAUUGACUUAUACCCCCUUGUCUAUUUAUUAUACCACAAAUGUAUGAAAAAAGCUAAUGGAAAAUAAAGGAUCUUUUUUUUUUUUUCAAACUGCUUUGUCUUUAAAUCUUUUAAUUACAUCUCAUUUACAAUGGCAAGAAAAAGUAUGUGAACCCUUUGGAAUUGGCUGGUUUUCUGCAUUAAUUGGUCGUAAAAUGUGAUAUAUUCAUCAAAGUCACAAGUAUAGACAAACACAAUGUGCUUAAGCUAACAACACACAAACAAUUAUAAUCUUUCAUGUCUUUAUUGAACACAUCCCAUUAAACAUUCACAGUGCUGUGGAAAAAGUAGAUCUAAUUACUGGUCAAUCCUCCUUUGGCAGUAAUAACCUCAAUCAAGUGUUUCCAGCAGCUACGGUUAGACCUGCAUAACAUUCAGAAGGAAUUUUGGACCAUUCUUCAUUACAAAACAGCUGUUGGGUUAAGGUCUUCAAGUCUUUAUGCAAAGCAACAGUUCAAGAUUGUAUAUCUUCUGAUAUCUCUUUUUUUUGCACGUCUUGAUUCACGUCAGCAGAUGCUUCUCGUGAAUAGCAAACUCAAAAUGUUUGUGCUUUUUAUAAGUAGCUCUAACCCACAUCUACAAUCUCAUUUUAUUAAUUGGUUGCCAGGUUUGCCAACUCCUGACUCUAAUUAGCUAUUGUCGACAUCAUUAGCCUCGGGGUUCACGUACUUUUUC